AACUAAAAUUCAAGUCAUGAAGAAAACUCUGAUAGUGGAGCCUGUCAUUUGCCUGUACAUGUUUGCCUAUUCCUUGUACCUGCCCCCAGCACAGCAGUAUGUGUAUCGGAGGAUCUGGGAAGAGACUGUCAACUCCAGCUUCAGAGUUGACGACAAUGUUUCUCACUGUGAACUAAACCAAAGUGAUCCAACUUACUUGAAGGAACAGGAAGUCCAAGAAAAAGCCUCCCUCUUUGCCAUGAAAAUGGAUUUAAGUAAUGCUGUUCUCAACAUUUUGGUAGCCUUUGUUCUUGUAGCCAAUGGGGAUCGCUAUGGACGCAAAAUCUCACUAGUUCUUCCUCUGGUGGGGAGUCUUGUAAGCGGCAUCUUCCUCAGUGCCAUGUCCUAUUACUCUCUCCCCCUCCCUUUUCUGUACGCGUUGGCCUUUAUAAGUGGGCUCUUUGGGGGUAUGGCGACCUUCCUCGGGGGCUCCUUUUCUUUCAUAGUUGAUCUCUGUGAGAAUCACAAACAGAAAACAAUCCGGAUAGCAGUGGUCGACUUAAUCUAUGGAUUGGUCUCUGGAUUGGGAGGACUGUCUUCAGGAUUCAUUUUGAAAGGAAUAGGCUUUACAUGGACAUUUGUGACUGUUUCACUGAUUGACAUGGUUAACAUUUUUUAUGUGACAUGUUUUUUGGAUGAUACGGUACAUGUAUCUGAAGUCCAGCAACAAUCUCUGAUGGAAGGCCUUAAAAAAACCUUUUCUGGAGUGCACGCACUUUUUAAAUCCUCUUCUUUUAGGAAGCAAACUUUGAUCAUCUUGCUGUUGUGUACAUUUAUGGCUUAUUUGUUCACGGUGUUUGGUGGGAUGUCUCAGUUUACCCUUUAUGAACUGAAUGACCCGCUCUGCUGGAAUGAAAUCUACAUAGGAUACGGAUCUGCAGCAUCCACUGCAAUCUCUUUGACCAGUUUUCUAGGAAUAGUUGUACUUUCUCGAAGGCUGAAAGACAUCUACCUGGUUUUCAUUGGGAUUUUCUCAUACCUUGGCGGAAUUAUCAUGGCUGCCUUUGCCAACACUACAUUGCUCAUGCUCCUAGUGCGUGUGCCAUCUCUGCUGGCUUUUAUGCCUCUUCCAGUGUUUCGAUCCAUGCUCUCAAAGGUGGUUCUUCCUAGUGAACAAGGUGCUCUCUUUGCUUGCAUUGCGUGUUUAGAGGUUGUGAUCGGUACCAUCUCGCUCGCUGCUUUUAAUAGCAUCUAUGCAGUGACUGUAGCUUGGUUUCCAGGCUUCAGUUUCCUCUUAUCAGCUGGUCUCUGUAUAAUUCCUUUAGGCACUAUGAGCUGGCUUGUGUGUGCCACUGGGCAUCAACAGGAGUAUGUGCCACUUGUACAUGAAGAAGAGCCUGCUGGGGAGGAGGCCGACAGCUGAGAGGAGAAUUUGCUCAAUGGCUAGCCUUACCUGUUACCUCUUACCUGCUUGAGCCCCAGUGGGUCAGUUGUGUUGUCACAGCCGAACUGGGAUCUGAUGCCUCCAUUGCUGGAGCUCUUCAUGAACCAAAGAGUUGCUGCUGUACUAGGUGACCCAUAGGAUGCUGUGCAAAGGGGCAGAAGGCGGAGUCACAUAGGGCCUGGUUUUGCUGUCAAAAAGGCAGCAGGCCAUUAUCAGAGAGAACGUGAAGUCCUUCCUACUUUGGUAUGGCAAUACAUAGGAACAAGCUGUUAAUGUUGCAAAUACUGGCAUGCUUAGUGAUGAAAAAAUAAGGUGUUUCAGCAGAGAGAAAAGGACAAAUCUACAAGAAAUUGGGAGAGAAACGUCUUGAGUUUGUUACAUAAAAUGGCUAGUGUUCUGGGCUCAGGGGGCCAUGUCUUCAUGUACAAAGUUAGGUUAAUGAAUCCUUGAUAUUGCCAAUGCAAAUUAAUUAGCAUUGAGGAUUUUUUUAAAAA